AUGGCCGGUUUAAAAGACGUUGUUUCUCGUGAGUACACCAUCAACUUACACAAAAGAUUACACGGUGUUUCUUUCAAGAAGAGAGCCCCAAGAGCUGUCAAGGAAAUCAAGAAGUUCGCUAAGUUACACAUGGGUACUGAAGAUGUCAGAUUAGCUCCAGAAUUAAACCAAGAAAUCUGGAAGAGAGGUAUCAAGGGUGUUCCAUUAAGAUUGAGAUUAAGAAUCUCUAGAAGAAGAACCGAAGAAGAAGACGCCAAGAACCCAUUAUUCUCUUACGUCGAACCAGUCUUCGUUGCUUCCGUUAAAGGUUUACACACCACUGUUGUUGAAGAAGAUGCUUAA